GCUGUAAAUGCUAUAGCCAACUCUCAAAUCAUUUUCGACCAGUGGUAUGUAAAGGCUAAUAAUGAGUUAAUUAAAGAUGUUAAGGCCAGUGUCCCAGGCGGUAUUUAUUCUGACUUGAUGGAUAAUAAAAUAAUUGAAGACAUUUUCACCCCUUUCUACGAUAUCCUCUACAAGUGGAUACCAAGGGAACAAUGGACAUAUUAUUCCACGUUCACAGUUAAGGAAGAGUUGUUAAGACAAAAAUACGUCGAAAUUGUAUUCGAGGGUUUGGAUACGUUCGCCAAGAUUUCAAUAAAUGACCAAGUAAUUGGAGAAAGUCAAAAUAUGUUUGUUAGAUAUGUGUUCGACAUUAAAAAAGUUCUUAAGAUUGGUGUAAAUACUAUCGAAGUAAUUUUUGAUUCUCCUGUCGAGGUGGCAACAGACCUAGCGAUCAACAGCGAUUAUGUUAUUCCACCGGAAUGUCCUAAUCCUCAAUAUAAUGGAGAAUGUCACGUCAAUCAAAUCCGUAAAAUGCAGGCCUCCUUUUCAUGGGACUGGGGACCAGCAUUUCCUUCAGUAGGAAUUUGGAGAAAUGUGUCUAUACGUGGCUAUGAUGUAAGCGUUUUGGAGUAUGUCACUACGGAAGUUGUAAAUGCAGAUGAAGACAACUGGCGUCUUCAGAUCACAAUUUAUUAUUCGCAAAUGUUCAAUAAUACAGAAGGAUCGACUUACAUAAGUUUAGAAGUGCAGGAGAGGACCAUCAAAGUCGUCGUGUCAGAUCCACCUAAAAAAAACGACUAUGGAGAAAUUGUUUCUUCAAUUAAUCUGACAAUUCCAAAAGCAGACGUAAAAUUGUGGUGGCCUAAUGGAUACGGAGAUCAAAAGCUUUACUCGCUGACAACAACCUUUAAAACCGACACGAAAGAAAGUCAAAUUACCAGAAAGAUUGGUUUCCGUACUAUUGAAUUGGUACAGGAAAAAUUGGGCGGCGGGCUGAGUUUUUACUUUAAAAUAAAUGGUGAACCAAUUUUUAUGAAGGGAGCUAACGAGAUUCCUUUACAUAUUUUGCCGGAGAAAGUUCAAAAUAAGAAUAUUCGAAAACUACUUCGGACAGUCAAAGAUGCUAACAUGAACAUGCUUCGUGUGUGGGGAGGAGGAAUUUAUGAAAGUGACUAUUUCUACGAGACGACUGACGAAAUGGGCAUUCUUAUAUGGCAGGACUUUAUGUUUGCAUGCGCUUUGUACCCAACUACGGACAAUUUUUUAAGGAAUGUAAGAGAAGAAAUCCGUCAUAAUGUGAAACGUCUUUAUGGCCACCCCAGUAUAGCUCUGUGGGCCGGUAAUAACGAAAAUGAGGCAGCUUUGGCAGUGAAGGAAGAAUUCAAUCGCCUAACGAAUUCCCAAGGAUUAUUUCUCAGCUCUAGUCCUAGUAAUGGCGCUGAAUCGACAGGAGAAGGAUACGUUGCACAAAAUCCGGGUAAUCCACUUUUUGGAGACGUUCACUUUUAUAAUUAUAUAUUAAAUCCUUUGGAUGUUAGUACUUAUCCUGUACCUAGGUUUGCUUCUGAGUUCGGAUAUCAAUCUUUUCCCAGUGUGGAUUCUAUGUUAACUAUAACCAAUGCUUCGGAUUUACACCCGGACAGUGACUUCAUGCAACACAUCCAACAUCAUCCUGGAGGUAAUUUAGAAAUCAAACUUCUUAUUGACUACAAUCUACAACUUCCAAAUGAAACGAAUGAGAAUUACUAUAGGGCAUUCAUCUACUAUAACCAGAUAAUGCAAGCACUAUCUACAAAAGUAGAAACUGAAUAUUAUCGUUCUUUGCAAUCCAGUUUAAAUAGUGCCGGACAAGGAAAAACAAUGGGUGCUUUAUAUUGGCAAUUGAACGACGUAUGGCUUGCUCCUACUUGGUCUGGAAUAGAUUAUUUGGGGAAGUGGAAGAUGUUGAUGUAUUAUGCUGUUGAGUUCUUUGCACCUGUAAUAGUAACUGGCAGUAUAAGUCCUUCCCGGGAUCUUAACGUUUAUGCUGUUUCUGACCUUCUAACAUUGAUUCCAAAUGUUAGUUUUGUUAUGGAGGUUUAUCGUUGGAACUCUACAACCUUGGAACCUGCUAACAUAAAAUUAGAAACUUUUGAUUUGGAUCCAACUGCGUCCAAACUAAUAGUUAAUAUUCCUGUAGAUGAUUAUUUGGCAGAAACCAAAUCGUGCGGUGACUAUGCAGUUGCUAGAUACAACUGCUUUAUACACAUAGUACUGCAAAAAAGCGGUGUGAACAUUUCACCUGACAAUUUUGUAUUUCCUGCCAAACUAAAAGACACCGAGUUGCCUGUACCAAAUCUCAAGAUUGCUUAUAUUAAGACUAUCGGUGAAAAAACGUUUGAGAUUGAAGUGGCAACUGAUGCUGUGAGUCUGUUUGUGUGGUUAGAGACUGGUUCAAUAUCUGGACGGUUCUCCGAAAACGGAUUCAUUCAAAUUACAAAAACCAAGAUAAUAUAUUUUCAUAGCGAUGACCACAUUGCUAAAGAUGAAUUACAAAAGAAACUAACUAUCACAAAUUUACGAGAUAAAAUUUAUUUGUGAAUUUAUAUUACUUUAAUAAUAAAUAUACUGUUAUAUUCUCUAGUGACAAACGAAAAAUACAAGGUCGACUUUAAUACUAUAUUUACAAUAUUUACAAUAUUUAGUUUAAAUAUGGCGAUUCAAAACAGCCACUCGCUUCUUUGUCUCAAAUCAAAAUGCAUUAAUUAUCGCUACGUCACUUGUCCAGCGUACAUGUUGACCUGUGUUCCCGAUAAGGCCGUUUACUCUGAUUCUCUUACAAUUUCAAUAAAAUAAAAUAUGGUUUAUUUUAA